AUGAAGCUCUCCCUCAUUUCCUCGUUUCUCUUCCUCGCCGCUAUUGUCAACGCUGCCGAUAACGACUACAGGCAGAUGUGCUACAAGACCUGUGUUCACAAGCUCUGCCAGGGCACGAAUGUCAACACCCUUUGUCUGCCCAUCUUUCUGGGAUCAUACGUCCACAUCGACUACCGACGAGAUAGCAGAGUUCCUGACGCAGGCUAUGCGUCCAUCUGCAGUAUGGCGCCUUUGGAUGUAACCAAUUAUAUCGAGAGUGACUACUACUGCGAGCUUUCUUAG